AUGGAGCAGCAUCUUCAUCACGCGGGUCUCGGCUCGGUGACGCCUGGCCCACCCGGCGGUAACGGCGGUGACAGCACGACCUCCAGCACGCCGGUCUCCCAGAGCGGCAAGUCCGCCUUCAUCGAACUCCAGCACAACAACCUCUACAAUCCGACGAGUCUGCGGAGCGGUUACCCGGGUGGGCAUAACGUACCGGGCGCGCACCAGUUCUCGCAUCAGGUCGGCUCGCUGGCGGCGCAUCAGGGCUCCGGGCCCGGCAGCGGGAAUCAGCAGCACGCGGACGCGGGCUUUCCCAGUCCCAGAUCGCUGGCCGGAUAUCCGUUCGCGCCCAUGCACCAGCACAACGCCUACGGAUACCACAUCGGAACGUACCCCCAGUGCCCCUCGCCGCCCAAGGACGGUGAGUACCCCAACUGUAUCGGAAGCCUCGUCGACGAGCUCGGCGGCGGCGGCGGCGGUUCCCUCAGGAACGGCAAGGGGAAGAAGAUGAGGAAACCGAGGACGAUUUACAGCAGCCUGCAAUUGCAGCAGCUCAACAGGCGGUUUCAGAGAACGCAGUACCUCGCGCUACCGGAAAGAGCGGAGCUCGCGGCCAGCCUCGGACUCACGCAAACGCAGGUGAAAAUCUGGUUCCAAAACAGGAGGAGUAAAUACAAGAAGAUGAUGAAGGCGGCGCAACAGAGCGGGGGUGGCGGUGGUGGCCAGCAUGGCAGUCUUCUGGCGGGUGGGACAGCUCUACCCGGAGGACCAUCCCCUCAACCCGGUCAACCCGGAAGUCUCAUGCAAGGAGGGGGCGGAAGUUCCGUGUCGGGCAGCCCGACGACGGGUUACCUCGGCGGCAUGGGCGGCGGGGGCGGCGGUCACACCCCCGGGAGCUCGAGCCCCGGAAGCGAGAUGUCGCCUCAGCACAACGAGAGCCCGCCGGCACCCUCCUGGCCGGGCGAGAUGAAGCACCAUCCGCAUCCACACGCGCCGCCCCACUCCCAUCAUCACCCGCACACGGCCGGGCAUCAUCCACCGCCACCGCCACCGCCGCCGCAUCACGCGGGUUACAUGCCGCAGUACUCCUGGUACCAGGCGGACCCCAACCCCGGACUACUCACGUAA